CUCAAUCCCAUAAAAGGAAAAAAGAUUCCAAAAACCACCCGCUCAGACGGGCCGCCGCCCACUGCUGCCGACCAUGGCGCCACCCCACUUCCUCCUCGUCACAUUCCCGGCGCAGGGCCACAUCAACCCGGCCCUCCAGUUCGCCAAGCGCCUCCUCGGCAGCGGCGCCGAGGUGACUUUCGCCACCAGCAUCUCUGCCUGCCGCCACAUGUCCAAGGGCAGGGCCUCCCCGGAGGGCCUCCACUUCGCCGCCUUCUCUGACGGCUACGAUGACGGGCUCAAGACGGGGGACAACGUGUCACAAUUCAUGUCCGAGCUCAGGCGCCGCGGCUCUGAGAAGCUCAAGGACCUCAUCGCGUCGAAGGUGGGCGAGGGCCGCCCCUACACCUGCUUGGUGUACAGCUUGCUUCUCCCGUGGGCUGCCGAGGUGGCACGCGAGUUCCGCGUGCCCUCGGCCCUCCUGUGGAUUCAGCCCGCCACGGUCUUGGACAUGUACUAUUAUUACUUCAACGGCUAUGGCGAAUUCAUAAAAAAUAACUGCAUCGACCCUUCAUGUUCGUUCGAGUUGCCGAGUCUCCCCUACAAGUUCACUAGCCGCGACUUGCCUUCAUUUUUUGUGCCGGGCCGCUCGGACGCAUACGCUCAUGCAAUGCCGAUUUUUAAAGACCAGCUCGACGUGCUCAACCAAGAAAACAAUCCAAGGAUACUGGUGAAUACCUUCGACUCGCUAGAGCCGGAGGCCUUGAGAGCGAUCGACAGGUACAACUUGGUGGGGAUAGGGCCGUUGAUACCCUCGGCUUUCCUCGAUGGGAAAGACCCGUCGGACACGUCCUUUGGGGGCGACCUCUUCCACAAGUCCAAGGACUACACGGAUUGGCUGGACUCCAUGGCCCAGGCGUCGGUCGUCUAUGUGUCGUUUGGGAGCAUCGCAGUGAUAUCGAAGAGGCAGGCAGAGGAGCUCGCGUGCGCGUUGCUUGACUGCGGGCGACCGUUCAUGUGGGUCAUAAGAGCAAAACAGAACGGAGAGGAAGAGAAGGAUGAGGAUAGAUUGAGCUGCAUGCAGGAGUUGGAAGAGAAAGGAAUGAUAGUGCCGUGGUGUUCGCAGCUCGAGGUGUUGUCGCACCCAUCGCUCGGGUGCUUUCUGUCGCACUGUGGGUGGAACUCAACCCUCGAGAGCCUCGCGCUGGGCGUCCCCAUGGUGGCGUUCCCGCAGUGGACGGACCAGGGGACAAACGCGAAGCUCAUCGAGGAUGUGUGGCGGACUGGGGUCCGGGUGAGGCCGAACGGGGAAGGGUUGGUGGAGGCGGGGGAGAUAAGGAGGUGCUUGGAGACGGUGAUGGCUGAUGGAGAGAGGAGGGAGGAGGUGAGGAGGAACGCGGCCAAGUGGAAGGAGUCGGCGAGGGAGGUGGCGAGAGAAGGCGGGUCGUCGGACCGGAACUUGAAGGCUUUCAUCGAAGAGGUCGGUCGAGGUUGUAGCCAAUGCUGAGAUUGUGGAAGAAGCUUGCUGCAGCUAGUGUGGUAUUUUAAGCACUUAAGUUGUGUGUUGGUGUCUUCUCUUAUUUCUUCUUUUAUUAUGAGUACUUCUUCCCAGUAUUUUCUAAGGAGGUUUCGUUGAUGUUGAUGGUAGGUUGCUGCAUGAAUGUACCAUGGAAUAAGUGAAGCCAUAUCACAGAUUUACGUCGAUA